AGACAGAGAGAGAGAGUAGGGAGGUGUGUGAGAGAGACUCGUUUGUUUCCGUUUUUUUUUUUUCUGUUAAAUAUAUGUGAAACAGAGGGAAGGCCAUGGUGUCGGACCAGGAAUUAGCGAAAGGGAUAGAGACUGUACUCCGUCAAGCAGACCCCAACUCCGUCACCUCCUUAGACGGCGUCGUUCAGCAACUCGAAGCGAAGCUAGGGUUAAGCCUCUCCCACAAGGCUGGCUUCAUUCACGACCAGAUCAACCUCCUGCUCCGGUCACACCCUACAACUGUAACAACAACCGCAACCGCCGUUGCUGUUACACAACAACCACAUCGGCCGCCGCAGCCACAGCCACAGCCACAGCCACAGCCACAUCCCCUCCACCUUAAACAAAAUGACCAUUUUGCCCUCCAACAUCACCCGCAAUUCCAGCAAUUUCCUGCUCAUUUUACCCUCCAUCCCCACCAACAACAAGUUUUCCCGCAGGACCUCAACUUCCGCCAGCCACCGGCGCCACUGCAUCCGCCGCCGCCCCAGCAGCAGCAACAGCAGCAGAGGCAGCAGCCACCGCCUCUCCCAAAAUCCGAGGUCUUCUCCCAAAAUGCCACCCCUGUCCCUCCUGAAUUAUCCAAAGAGAGUGCUCCAGUAGGGGCCAAAAGAAGAGGUGGCCCAGGUGGAUUAAACAAAGUUUGUGGCGUUUCACCUGAACUUCAGGCCAUUGUUGGUGAGCCCGCCUUGCCAAGGACUGAGAUUGUGAAGCAAUUGUGGGCAUACAUAAGGAAAAACAACCUCCAAGAUCCAAGUAAUAAGAGAAAGAUAAUUUGUGAUGAUGCCCUAAGGGUGGUUUUUGAGACAGACUGCACUGACAUGUUCAAGAUGAAUAAGCUGCUGGCUAAACAUAUCAUUCCUCUUGAACCUACAAAGGAGACUGGUCAAGCUAAACGAGUGAAGGUUGAUGUUGAGUCCACUACUGAAAGUAGUGAACCUGGUGCAUCUGUGGUGCUGAUAUCCGAAGCACUUGCUAAGUUUUUUGGGACUGCCGGAAGGGAGAUGACCCAAUUGGAGGCAUCCAGGCUUGUUUGGGAGUAUAUAAAGGUUAACCAAUUGGAGGAUCCACUGAAUUCAAUGGUGAUAUUAUGUGAUGCAAAGCUCCGUGAACUUCUUGGAUGUGAAAGCAUUUCUGCAGUAGGGGUAGAAGAGAUGCUAGCACGGCAUCAUUUGUUCAAGAAGUCAUAAUUUUUGGCUAUGGUGCAAGGAAUGUUAUGUCACCACCACCCUUCUGAUGGUAGAAAAAGAUAGUGAAGAUCCUUUUUGUUUUUUUUUUUUUUUUUUACCCCUUCGCUGUUACUUUAUUUUUGUCAUUGUGAAUUAACGUGGGUGGAUGAAAUGGUGAUUUACUUAGGUUUGCUAUGAUCAGAAUGAAAAUGUACCUUGGGUCAAUGGCAGGGAGUACCUUUGUAGUUAUGCCUUUGCCCUGGAUUUAGGCUGUCUUACUAAUCUUUAUUGCCUUUUGAACUUCUCCAUGCCUAACACUCGUAGUAGGUAGAAGCAGUGGAAUUGUAAAAUCAAUCUUACUUGAAGGGACCCAUAUGUGUGUCUUAUCCCAUAUUUAGGGCUGUUUCUUGUUUAA